UUAGCGUAGCUCGCACGCGCCGGGUUAAUCAGCGCGAGUGCGGCCCACAAGAUUAUAUCAGAGAUGCUUGCACAGAGCACAAAGUUUGUGUUAAAUAAUUCUGCAUUUACUUCUAUUCGUACGUUUCUAAAUUUUUAUUUAACUUUCUAGACUUCCCAGAUUACAAUUUUUUUUUGAUACAUCCCGAUUUAUUUCAUACAAAUGUUCAAAACGUUUUUAUCGUUGAGUAAUUAUUUUUAUAUCUGUUACUAUGAUAAAUACCAUAUCAGCUACGCGAUAAAUGUUCUAUAUAAAAUGUUACAUAGCUAAUCCACUGUCAUUGAAGGCUCUUUGCGACUACAACAUGGGACUACAAUUCGAAGGUGCAAUUGACAAUAUUAGUGAACCUCAGUUGGCUUUCAUACGUGAUGUCUUAGAAAAAAGAGGUUACAAAGACACAAAAGUAACAUUUAAACCAGUUGGAGAAGCAGGGGAUAACUACGUCGCCAAUGUCCAAAGAAUUGUGGUUCAAAACGAAAAUGGAGUAUUUAAAAUGAUAGCGAAAAUUGCGCCACAACAUGAGUAUCUCAGAAGUGCCAUGGAUACAGAUCGGCUUUUUAACAAUGAACUUAUUAUGUAUAAAUUGGUUCUACCUAAAUUUCAACAACUGGAAGAACAAGCAGACCUGCUGAAGGAAGACAGGUUGAGGUUUGCGGAAUGCUACGGUGCUUCAAUGGCAGCGCCUCACGAAGUAAUCCUUCUGGAAGAUAUGAAUGAACCAGGCUUUAUCAUGUUGGAUAGAUUUAAGCCAUUAUCCGAGGAAUGCAUCAGAUCAGUCCUGAGGAAUUUUGCUCUUCUACACUCUCUCUCCUACGCCCUAAAACAUAAAGAAUUGGAAGUUUUCAAUGAAUACAAAAAUAGCUUAUAUAAUUAUUGGGCUAAUAUAAUAGCCAAACCAGAAAUAACAACGCACUUCGGCAUGAUGCAAAACAUGUCCAUGACGCUUGUAGAUGGAGACCAUAGGAAGAGGAUUAUAAAAGACGGUAUUCUCCAAGGACUCGCGCUGGGCACAAAGUUUGCGAAACAAGAAGAAGGCUCCAAAUAUUCCGUCAUCCAGCAGGGCGACUCAUGGACAAACAACAUAUUGUUCAAAUUUGAUGGAGACACGCUGAAAGAAUCCGUAUUGAUAGACUACCAGAUAUCAAAAGAAUCAAACCCUUGUUGUGAUUUAAUGUACAUGCUGUUGAACUGCACGGACCAUGAAUCUCGAUUGAAACAUUUCCAUGAUUGGAUUGACUUUUAUCAUUCUGAAUUGGACAAGGCACUUGCCAAUCACGGUCUUAAAGCCAACUACAUGUACCCUAGAGACCAACUAGAUGCUGACUUAAAGAGAUAUGCUAAAGUCAUGUUCGCUUUUUCAAUAAUUUUAGCUCACAGCCUAACCAAGAAAAAUGAGGAUGUUGCGAAAAUGAAGGAAAUUAUGAAGGAAGAAGUUGACAUUGAUUCCCUAAGUGAAUUGUUUCAAGUCGACGACGAGACCACGCGGAUUCUUAAAAGGAGAUUAGAAGGGCUUGUAGAUAGUUUAUUGAAAUUUGGGUUAUUGUAGAAUGUAUUAAACCCUAUUUAAUUAAGAAGGGUCAUGUUUGUUUAUUUAUUUUUUGAACGUGUUUUGUAUUAAUGUAUCGAAGUGGUGUGCUUAGGCCGUCGAAAUUUUAAGACCGACUUACAAGUCGGGCAAUAUUGGGUCAGAAAAAAGCCCAGCUUAUUUUAUUAUUGGCUUGUGACCGGGCGACUAUCUCAUACUAAUAUUAUUUUUUAAUUUCCAUUUUUUUCUUAUUACAUUGCAUUAAAAAUACGACUGACUGCUA